AUGAGGCCCCCUAGCACUUUGUCUGGCCAUAGCGUGAAGCUUGGUGCCAUCACCUCUCCAGGACUCGAGGCCCUUGUGCGCAUGCCAACGACCGCUCGAUUUGCUGCGCUCCCGAAUAUCGGAGCGGCCAAGGAGCCGAGUGUGGUCGAUCCCGGCCCCACCCUGCGCAUCCGCGUCCGAUACCCUGAUGGUGCACGCCAUGAGGUCAAUGUGGGCGCCAACAUGCCAGCAAUGCAGCUGUUGCAAAAGGCCUUUGAGCAAUGGCCCGAACGCGGAAGCACCGUGGCGCAUUUGCAGCUCUUUGAUCCCGUGGCUCGACGACUCUUAGCCCUCGAUGAGGUUUUACACCACCAGGGCAUGCGCGAUCGCUCCGUGGUGCUACUGCAGACGACCGACGCUGAUCCCUGA